CAGGGCGCGCGUACGCUAUGCUGCUUCGCUCCGUCCGCGCAUCGCUUGCCACCGUCAGCCGCUACUUCUCGGCGGAGGCUGUGGCGGCGGGCAGCCCGUCGGCGGCCUCCGCCCCGGGGACGGCUUCGAAGAGAAAAGGCGGAGACACGCUGGGGAAGAGGCUGCUGAGCCUGGUGUACGCGAAGCGCAGUGCGGUGGUGACCAUUCGCAAGUGGAAAGACGAAGGAGGCGCGGUGCGCAAGUACGAGCUCAAUCGCAUCGUCAGAGAGCUUCGCAAGCUCAAGCGCUACAAGCACGCCCUCGAGAUAUGUGAAUGGAUGAGGUUACAGCAAGAUAUCAAACUGUUAGCCGGUGACUAUGCUGUUCACCUAGACCUGAUUGCUAAAGUUCGUGGGCUUAACAGUGCAGAGAAGUUCUUUGAAGAUCUUCCAUCUCAGAUGAGAGGGGAGCAUACCUGCAAUGCUCUCCUCCACAACUAUGCCAAGAAGCAGCUGUCCAGCAAAGCUGAGGCCUUAAUUGAGAAAAUGUCUGAUUGCGGUUUCUUGAAGAGCCCUCUUCCCUAUAACCACAUGCUAUCGAUGUAUGUGUCCAGUGCACAGCUGGAGAAGGUUCCCGAAGUGAUUGAAAAGUUGAAGAAGAGCACUUCACCAGACAUAGUCACCUAUAAUCUGUGGUUAACGACCUGCAAGGUGCAAAAUGAUGUUGCUACGGCUGAAAGGGUUUUCCUUGAGCUAAAGAAGGCAAAAGUACCUCCUGACUGGUUUAGCUACAGUAUUCUGACCAAUCUCUACAUAAAAAAUGCCUCUCUGGAAAAAGCAUUAUCUGCUAUAAAGGAGAUGGAAAAAAGGACUUCACGUAAAACUCGGGUCGCAUACUCAUCUCUCCUGAGUUUAUACACGAAUAUGGGAGACAAGGACGGGGUUCAUCGGAUAUGGAAAAAGAUGAAUUCAUUAUUUCCGAAAAUGAAUGAUGCUGAAUACACUUGCAUGAUUUCAUCAGUUGUAAAACUUGGGGACCUCAAAGAAGCGGAGAAGCUCUAUACUGAAUGGGAGUCAGUUUCUAAAACUGGCGAUCCUAGGGUCGCAAACAUACUUCUUGCUGCUCACGUGAACAAUGGCCAGAUGGAAAUGGCAGAGAAAUUCUAUGAACGGGUUGCAAAAAAGGGGGUUGCUCCUUGUUACACUACUUGGGAGCUUCUGACAUGGGGUUAUCUGAAACAGAAGCAGAUGGAUAAAGCUCUUUAUUAUCUAAAUAAGGCUAUUGGUAGUGUUGAAAAAUGGACGUUUGACAGAAAGUUGAUUGCGGAAUUAUUUGAGAACCUGCAAGAGUGUGGAAAGGUUGAAGGAGCAGAGGAACUGCUAGUUAUUCUUAGAAAUGCUGGCCAUGUGAGUACCGAGGUCUACAAUUCACUGCUGCGAACUUACGCCAGAGCUGGUGUGAUGCCACUUGUUAUUGGUGAGCGGAUGAAGAAAGAUGGUGUAUCCAUGAACGAUGACACUUCUAAGCUACUGGAUGAAACAAGCAAAAUGUGCGUGACCGAAGUUUCAUGCAAAUUUUCCUAACGAAGGUUUGAAAAUAAAGGAAGAAAAUGCCUUUUCAUAUGGAUGCAGAUGAUUGAGGUUUUUCAUUCUGCAUAAUUGGUUGAUAAUUUAUGUUGAUUCAUUAGGUAGACAGUUAUAUUGUGGAAUUGAGAUAGGUUACACUCAUCUGGAUUUAGUUGCAAGUCCUCAAGUCAACAAGCUAAUUGGGUUUAUUCAGUCAUUUGUUGAUUGGGCGAUGGCAUUUUUCUCGACUUUUCUUUGUUGAAUCCACUCCUAUCUGUCAGAGCAGGCAUUGAUAUGGGAAGGUCCAUGUCCUGGACAGUGCAAGCAAUUUGUUUUUCAUUUAAAUUGGUCACCAGCUACUCAAGCGGUUGCUAGCAUUGGAGGCAAUGGACAGCCUUGUGUGCGGCAUCGAAAUCCAUAAGGAACAUCAUCUUCAUCCGUGGAGUAGGGAGGAGAGAGUUGGACCCCGAACCAAGAUUCAGCCUCGAACUUCCUUCAAAUCCCAAAAGUUGAACGUCGCAACUCACAAGAAUUACAGGUAUUCUCGUCGGAGCAAUAGGCGCUUGAUGUGAAUCAUUCAAAGUCGUUCCAGUUUAUAUUAUCAACAGGAAUGACAUUCUCAGGAUCGUUUAAGCAUUGGCUGCAUUACCCACGUCAGACCGUGCAGUGUCUUUUGGCACCUAGUGCUUGCCAAGGCCACCCCUGUUUUCACAUGCUUAUAUUCCCUCGGUUCUUUUCUAUUAUAGCUUGCAAUUCUGAAGUUAUUUGAUUCGGCAGAGUGUUUUGAUGUAUAAUCAGUUGAUGAAUGGACAAGUUAGGUGAGUAACUUCCUUUUUGGAACCAAAACUGAACAACAGAGUUCUCAGAGGGAUAAUCAUCAA